UGUAGUCAGAGUCAGGACACACACCGCGUUUCACCGCAACAGACCCAUCAGUUGGAUAAUAAAACUAUAUCUGCCGUGGAUCUUCUUUUUAUUAUUAUUAUUAUUACUAUUAUUUUUUUAAGCCACGUUUUUACCUGGAGCUCCGUCGCGGGGGAAAGCCCGACAUCGGCGCCGGACUCCAGAACACACUCAUGUCAGACGAGGCGGGAGGCUCACUGCAGGCACUUUAACCGGGACAGCGGUGGAGCAGGGCGUCACGUUCAGCUGGUGGAGUAGGGAGUUGAAACUCAGGGUUAUGUCCGGAGGCACUGGAAGAGGCCAUGGGGGUCUUAACCAACUAGGUGGAAUGUUUGUUAAUGGCCGCCCGCUUCCGGAAGUUAUCCGGCAACGCAUCGUAGACAUGGCCCACCAGGGGGUCCGACCCUGCGACAUAUCCCGGCAGCUCCGGGUCAGCCACGGCUGCGUCAGCAAGAUCCUGGGACGGUAUUACGAAACAGGCAGCAUCAAACCGGGGGUAAUCGGUGGCUCUAAACCCAAGGUGGCCACUCCGAAGGUUGUGGAGAAGAUCGCAGAGUACAAGAGGCAGAAUCCCACCAUGUUUGCCUGGGAAAUCAGAGAUCGACUGCUGGCGGAAGGGGUGUGUGACAGCGACACGGUGCCCAGUGUGAGCUCCAUUAACAGAAUAAUUCGAACUAAAGUUCAACAGCCUUUUAAUCUCCCACUGGAUGGAAAAGGUCUGAGUCCAGGACAUACCUUAAUUCCAAGCUCAGCCGUCACCCCUCCAGAGUCGCCUCAGUCCGACUCUUUGGGCUCCACUUACUCCAUCAACGGCUUGUUAGGAAUCCCCCCGCCAAAUACAGACGGCAAGAGGAGCCACGAUGACAGUGACCAGGAGAGCUGUCGGCACAGCGUGGACUCCCAGGGCAGCGCAGGCGUCCCGAGGAAACAGAUGAGAGUCGAACACUUCUCCACAGCCGCACAGCAUCUGGACUGUGGGUUUGAUCGUCACCACUACCCGUCGGAUUCCUUCAGCUCCACCUCAAGCGGCAAGGCAGAGCAGACUUUGUACCCGCUGUCGCUCAUCAACAGCAAUCUGGACGAAGCCAAGACCAGCCUCUCAUCAAGCAGCUCUGUCAUUGGACGAAAUCUGUCAGCACACCCGAGCUACACUGUAGUAACCGAGCCCCUUCAGACUCUGCCGCUCUGUCUGAAGCAGGAAAUGUCCCCAGAAGUGACCAGUACGAGCCCCUCACCAAACAUGGUGGCAUCCACCUUGGCGUACGUGGAGCUGCAGGCGCUGCAGAAACCCAUUUCUGUCAGCAGCAGCUGCAACGGCGCCAGCAACAGCGGCAGCUCCAACUCAUAUCCCAAUGCCUUCAACUCAUUUUCCCAUCAUGCACCGAUGUACGGGCAGUUCAGCAGUCAGUCUAUCAUGUCAGGGCGUGACAUGGUGAGCUCCACCCUGCCAGGUUACCCACCCCACAUCCCCUCCCCGGCCCAGACAGGAUACUCCUCCUCCGCUAUCACAGGAAUGGUCGCAGCAGGUGCAGACUACUCGGGCCAGUCCUACGGCCAUUCGCCCUACACCUCCUACAGCGAAGCCUGGAGGUUCACCAACUCCAGCAUAUUGGGCUCCCCCUACUACUACAGCUCGGCCUCCCGCACAGGUCCCCCCUCUGCAGCCGCCGCCUACGACCACCUCUAGUCCCACGCAGCUGCAAGCCGAGACUCUUUGAAACCAGACUGAGAAACGUAGUGGACAGAUGGGGUCCCGGCCCACGAGAGGCAAAGCUGGAAACUCUGCUGGAGGAAUAAUUGUUUCUCGUACCCUUUUUAUGGUCUACAACCUCUGAUUUUAUUUAUUUGUCAUGACUGAUGCCACCAUGCAGGGUGACUGAUUCGUGUUUACACACCCUAUCUGGGCAUGUUUUCAGCUCGACUGUGCAUUCAUUUCAGUUGAAAUCUCUUUAAACCAGUUUUUUUGGCCAAAGACUUUUUUUUUUUUCUUUUCUGGCACAUGUACAACUUGAUUCGGCAGUGCAAGUUUAUUGCUUGGUGAUAUGCAAACCUCUGCGAACUAAACUAUGCCUGAUUUGUUUACAUUGUGGAUGUUUCCCCUCCUUUUUUUUUUAAUGGAAACGUUAAACCCAGUGAUGAUAUGAAGUCCUGCUGUUCUUCUGUACCUGCUUGUGGAUUCUCUGUAUAGACAAACACUGAAUCAGAAUUAGAGAAAAAAUAUCAACUUUAAAAACAUAAUGUCUGUCAUAGAAAAUUCAAGGAUCUCUCCAGUGAUGUGUAUAUAGUGUAAAUGAUGAAUUAUGGGGAGGUGAUUGUGCUCUGCGAAUAAAUGUUGAUCUGGGAGGGAUGUAAACAACAAGGCUGGAAACACAUUUGUUUUUGCUUCAACUGGUUUUAAGUUUUUUUUGUCAUGCCGACGUUCUGAUGUUUAGUAAAAAUGGUGACUAUUUUUUCUUAUACUGUUAUUAAUAUUAUUGCAGAUGUAAAUAUUGAUUUUUUUAAAAGAAAUAUUUUAAUUAAAAGCAUGAAGAA